GUGGUCUGCAAGGCUGAUCCGCUUCACUUUCCUCCCUAGUGUAGGCGGCCGAAGUCUGAGCCCCGAGGGCUGCCCUCGAGCCCUCGGGGUUAGCCGGCCAGUGGAUUUAUUUCUCAGUGACCGUGGCCAGUUGUUUUCUGGACUCUAUGGGCUCGCGCUGCAUUCGUAAGGAGCGUGGGACCCGGACCCUUCUUAUAGCAUCCUUUUAUAGGGUGGCGUGCCGCGCUGGUGUCACCGCCUGACGCUGGGGUCUGAGCGGGAAGGGGUGAUGCAAAUGAGGGGCGGAGACCGCCAUGUAAAUACGAGGAAGCCCCGCCUCCGCAGCAGGAAGACAAAUCCGCAGUCCCACAGCUCACACCAGGCGCAGGGCUGGCCUGAGAGGACACCCGCGCGGGGGGCAGUCUGAGCACCCAAAGAGGAGGGUAAGAGUGCGGCCGGCGACGCUGAGGAGCUGGUGCGCUGGGCGGAAGGCCUGGAGCAGAGGCAAGAAAAGAAACGAAGCUUCCUAUUGGAAAUAGGACGUCUGAACCCGACCAAGGCCCUAGGCCAGAGGUUGGACCGGGGUUUGGGGCCUGACCUUCUCAGCCCUCGCCCUUCCACCCCUGCAGUUGAGUUUCGGGGUUUCCUCCCACUUAUCGCCCGGCACAAUGGGCCUAACUGCGGGAGGAGGCCGGUGGGUCCCGGCUCCGGCUCAGCUCACGCGCCUCUUGCCUGCCUGGUCCCCGCUAGAAGUGGUUGGUGCCUCGGGGCUGAGAGGAGAGGAGAGGAUUCAAGGCUUUGGGUGCGUCCUGGGAGGCUGGAGGCAGGUCCUUCCCGGGCUGACAUGCCCUAGAGGACUCUUGCCCAUGGGUUCCCGUGGCGGAGGAUAGCUUUCCGACCGGUUUGGGGGUUGGAGACCAGCAACAGUGCCUCUAGGGCUGCUAGGUGUCCUGGAAAGAGUGGCGGGCAGAUCCAGUCCUCGGUGGUGCUUCUGACGGCUUCGUUCCCAGAGCGGAAAUAGUUGGCGCCUUCUCCUCCUGUGCUGACUGUCGGCAUCGGAGCCGGGGGUGCGGUGGGGUGGGAACGUCAGCUCUGUGUCUCUCACCUCCCAGGCCGCAGGGUCAGCAUGCUCCCCGCAAGGCCAGACGCUCUGCUGCUCCUGGGAGCUCUGCUGACUGGACCCCUAAACCCAGCGGGCGCCCAGGACGCACUGACCUGGGAAGUGCAGCGCUAUGACGGCUGGUUCAACAACCUGAGGCACCACGAGCGAGGUGCUGCGGGCUACCGGCUGCAGCGCCUGGUUCCGGCCAAUUACGCGGACGGCGUUUAUCAGGCUCUCGGGGAGCCGCUGCUGCCCAACCCGCGCCGGCUCAGCGACGCCGCCACGCAGGGGACAGCAGGACAGGCAUCGCACCGCAACCGCACGGUGCUGGGGGUCUUCUUUGGUUACCACGUGCUCUCGGACCUGGUGAGCGUGGAGAGGCCCGGCUGCCCCGCCGAAUUCCUCAACAUCCGCAUCCCGCGCGGGGACCCCGUGUUCGACCCCGACCAGCGCGGGGACGUGGUGCUGCCCUUCCAGAGGAGCCGCUGGGACCCCGAGACCGGACGGAGCCCCAGCAACCCCCGCGACCUGACCAACCAGGUGACGGGCUGGCUGGACGGCAGCGCCAUCUACGGCUCCUCGCACUCCCGGAGCGACGCGCUGCGGAGCUUCUCCGGGGGGCAGCUGGCGUCGGGGCCCGACCCCGCCUUCCCCCGGGACGCACAGGACUCGCGGCUCAUGUGGGUCGCGCCCGACCCCGCCACGGGCCAGCGCGGGCCCCGGGGGCUGUACGACUUCGGGGCGGAGCGCGGAAACCGCGAGCCCUUCCUGCAGGCGCUGGGGCUGCUGUGGUUCCGCUACCACAACCUGUGGGCGCAGAGGCUGGCCCGCGAGCACCCGCGCUGGGGGGACGAGGAGCUGUUCCAGCACGCGCGCAAGAGGGUCAUCGCCACCUACCAGAACAUUGCUCUGUAUGAAUGGCUGCCCAGCUUCCUGCAGAACACGCCCCCAGAGUAUGCAGGGUACCGGCCAUUCCUGGACCCCAGCAUCUCCCCGGAGUUCCUGGUGGCCUCUGAGCAAUUCUUCUCCACCAUGGUGCCCCCUGGAGUCUACAUGAGAAAUGCCAGCUGUCAUUUCCAGAAAGUCCCCAACAACGAUUUUGACAGCUCCCCAGCUCUCAGGGUCUGCAACAGCUACUGGAUUCGAGAGAACCCCAGUCUGAACAGUGCCGAGGCGGUGAAUCAACUGCUGCUGGGAAUGGCUUCCCAGAUUUCAGAGCUGGAGGACAGGAUAGUGGUCGAAGAUCUGAGGAAUUAUUGGCCUGGUCCUGGCAAGUUCUCCCGCACGGACUACGUGGCCAGCAGCAUCCAGCGUGGCCGGGACAUGGGGCUGCCCAGCUAUAUUCAGGCCCUGCUCGCCUUGGGCCUGGAGACUCCGAGGAACUGGAGUGACCUCAAUCCCAAUGUGGAGUCCCAGGUGCUGGAGGCCACAGCUGCCCUGUAUAGCCAGGACCUGUCCCGGCUGGAGCUGCUCCCAGGGGGGCUCCUGGAGAGCCACGGGGACCCAGGGCCCCUGUUCAGUGCCAUUGUCCUCAACCAGUUCGUGCGACUGCGGGAUGGUGACCGCUACUGGUUUGAGAACACGAGGAAUGGGCUGUUCUCCACAGAGGAGAUUGCAGAAAUCAGAAACACCACCCUGCGGGACGUGCUGGUGGCUGUCACCAGUGUGGACCCUGGUGCCCUGCAGCCCAAUGUCUUUGUCUGGAAUGAGGGCGCACCCUGCCGUCAGCCCCAGCAGCUCACAACCACAGACUUGCCCCACUGUGUGCCCCUGACUGUGUUGGACUACUUUGAGGGCAGUGGUCCUGGUUUUGGCAUCACCAUCUUGGCUCUCUGCCUUCUUCCCCUGGUGAGUCUGCUCAUCUCUGGGGUGGUGGCCUAUUUCCGGGGCCGAGAGCGCAAGAAGCUACAAAAGAAAGGCAAAGAAAGCAUGAAGAAGGAAGCAGCCAAAGAUGGGGUACCUGCAAUGGAGUGGCCAGGCCCCAGGGAGAAGAGCUACCCUGUCAUCAUCCAGCUGCUCCCAGAUGGGCAUCUGCAGGUCCUGGACAGGCAGCUCUCUGUGCUCCGCACCGUCCAACUGCAGCCCCCGCAGCAGGUCAAACUCAUCCUGUCCAGCAACCACGGGUGCCGGACCCUGCUGCUCAAGAUCCCCAAGGAAUAUGACCUGGUGCUGCAGUUUAACUCCGAGGAGGAGCGGGCCACCUUUGUGCAGCUCCUGCAGGGCUUCUGUGUGCCCUGGGCCCUGGGCUUCCACGUGUGGGAGAUGGCCGAGAAGGAGCUGUUCAGGAAGGCCGUGACCAAGCAGCAGCGGGGACGCAUCCUCGAGAUCUUCUUCAGGCACCUUUUUGCCCAGGUGCUGGACAUUAACCAGGCAGAUGCAGGGACCCUGCCCCUGGACUCCUCACAGAAGGUGCGAGAGGCCCUGACGUGCGAGCUGAGCAGGGCUGAGUUUGCCGAGUCUCUCGGCCUCAAGCCCCAGGACAUGUUUGUGGAGUCCAUGUUCUCUCUGGCCGACAAGGAUGGCAAUGGCUACCUGUCCUUCCGGGAGUUCCUGGACAUCCUGGUGGUCUUCAUGAAAGGCUCCCCAGAGGAUAAGUCCCGCCUGAUGUUCACCAUGUAUGACCUUGAUGGGAAUGGCUUCCUCUCCAAGGAUGAGUUCUUCACCAUGAUGCGGUCCUUCAUCGAGAUCUCUAACAACUGCCUGUCCAAGGCCCAGCUGGCCGAGGUGGUGGAGUCCAUGUUCCAGGAGUCAGGUUUCCAGGACAAGGAGGAGCUGACGUGGGAGGACUUCCACUUCAUGCUGAGGGACCACGACAGCGAGCUCCGUCUCACACAGCUCUGUGUCAAAGGUGGAGGCGAAGGUGUUAAGGACAUUUUUAAACAAAACAUCAGCUGCCGAGUCUCAUUCAUCACUCGGACUCCUCAGGAACGCUCUUUCCCCAGUGGACAAGGCUUCGCUGCCUCAGAAACUCCAGAGCUGGGAGGCCCUGGGCUGAAGAAGAGGUUUGGCAAAAAGGCGGUGGUGCCCCCUCCCCGGCUGUACACAGAGGCGCUGCAGGAGAAGAUGCGGCGGGGCCUCCUGGCCCAGAAGCUGCAGCAGGUCAAGCGCUUCGUGGAGAACUACCGGCGGCACAUUGUGUGUGUCGCCAUCUUCUCAUUCAUCUGUGCUGGCCUGUUUGUAGAGCGGGCUUACUACUAUGCCUUUGCCUCGCCGCCCUCAGGCAUCUCGGAAACCACCCGCGUGGGCAUCAUCCUGUCGCGGGGCACGGCGGCCAGCGUCUCCUUCAUGUUCUCCUACAUCCUGCUCACCAUGUGCCGCAACCUCAUCACCUUCCUGCGGGAGACCUUCCUCAACCACUACGUGCCAUUUGACGCCGCCGUGGACUUCCACCGCUGGAUUGCCAUGGCUGCUGUUGUCCUGGCCAUUUUGCACAGUGCUGGCCACGUGGUCAAUGUCUACAUCUUUUCAGUCAGCCCCCUCAGCCUGCUGUCCUGCAUCUUCCCCAGCGUCUUUGAAAAUGAUGGGUCCCAGCUUCCCAAGAAGUUCUACUGGUGGUUCUUCCAGACAGUCCCAGGCCUGACAGGGGUGCUCCUGCUCCUGGUGCUGGCCAUCAUGUACGUCUUCGCCUCCCACUACUUCCGCCGCCGCAGCUUCCGGGGCUUCUGGGUGACCCACCACCUCUACGUCCUGCUCUACAUCCUGCUCAUCAUCCACGGAAGCUUCGCCCUGAUCCAGAUGCCCCGUUUCCACAUCUUCUUCCUGGUCCCAGCACUCAUCUAUGGGGGCGACAAGCUGCUGAGCCUGAGCCGAAAGAAGGUGGAGAUCAGCGUGGUAGAGGCGGAGCUGCUGCCCUCAGGAGUAACCCACCUGCAGUUCCAGAGACCUCAAGGCUUUGAGUACAAGUCAGGACAGUGGGUGCGGAUCGCCUGCCUGGCUCUGGGCACCACCGAGUACCACCCCUUCACACUCACCUCUGCACCCCAUGAGGACACGCUCAGCCUGCACAUCCGGGCCGUGGGGCCCUGGACCACCCGCCUCAGGGAGAUCUACUCACCCCCGACGGGCAACGGCAGUGCCAGAUACCCAAAGCUGUACCUUGAUGGGCCAUUUGGAGAGGGCCACCAGGAAUGGCAUAAAUUUGAGGUGUCAGUGCUGGUGGGAGGAGGCAUUGGGGUCACCCCCUUUGCCUCCAUCCUCAAGGACCUGGUUUUCAAGUCAUCCUUGGGCAGCCAAAUGCUCUGCAAAAAGAUCUACUUCAUCUGGGUGACGCGGACACAGCGGCAGUUUGAGUGGCUGGCUGACAUCAUCCGGGAGGUGGAGGAGAAUGACCAUCAGGACCUGGUCUCCGUGCACAUCUACAUCACCCAGCUGGCGGAGAAGUUUGACCUCAGAACUACCAUGCUGUACAUCUGUGAGCGGCACUUCCAGAAGGUGCUGAACCGGAGUCUGUUCACAGGACUGCGGUCCAUCACUCACUUUGGCCGUCCCCCCUUCGAGCCCUUCUUCAACUCCCUGCAGGAGGUCCACCCACAGGUGCGGAAGAUCGGGGUGUUCAGCUGCGGCCCUCCGGGAAUGACCAAGAAUGUAGAGAAGGCCUGUCAGCUUAUCAACCAGCAGGACCGGGCCCAUUUCAUGCACCACUACGAGAACUUCUGAGCCCACCCUCCCUGCAGUGCUUCAGCCCCCACUGACUCCUGCCUCCCCUCUGUUGCCUAAAGUUGCCCAGCUCUGCCAGCACUUCUCUGUCAGAAUCCACCUGGAGCUCCAGCUGGAGAGUGGGGCGAGCCACCCUCAUUGCCUGUCUGUCCUGUGCUCUGGGGAAGCAGAGAAAAGCCCCUGCUCAAGCCGUGGGAGGUUGUGGCAGACAAAAUGGGGAGGACAGGCAGGACAGGCCCUGCCUGUGACAACUGUGAAGGUGAUCAUGUGAGGAAGAUAAGGAGACACGACUUGCUUCCAGCAAGGCCUCAUGUCUCAGUUACACUUCCACAGAAUCGCUGUGCUGCUUUGGCCUAGUUUUCUUGGCCUAGGCAUUUGAGGGAGGAUGGGGUGUGACAUUGGAUGCAAAGAGAAGGCUUGGAGAGAGAAUCUCCUUGGAGCCUACCCCAGCAGCCGUGAUACUUAGAACCUGAAUGGCCUGACUGCCUCAACUGAGUCUCUGAGGGCUUUUACCACCAGCUUCAAAAGGAGCAGCCUCCACCUCACCCCUCCCUGCUCCUAGAAAGUCGGGAACCCUGGGGAAUGUACCAAGGAACAAAGAUGCUUCCCCAUCCCUGACACUCCUGGUGUCAGCCAGCAAUGCCUGCCGCCAUGUUCUUUUGGCAGUCCCCUGUCUGAGCUCUCUGGAGCAGCCCUUGGGCCUAGAGAUCAGCCUCUGCCAGACAUCCAAACACCCCUUCUCAAUUACUGCUUCCACAGGAGAUGGGUAACCCCUGUCCAGUUUCCCUGAGACUCUCCUACGUUUAGCAUUGAUAGUCUCAUGUCCCAGGAAACUCUUGAGUCCCAGGCAAAUCAGGACAGUUGGUCACCGUACAUAGGAGCCAACCUGGGAGGUCAUAUCCACUCUGUUCAAGAUCUUUCCUUUUUCUUCUUCAACUGGCUCUUUCCUAAAAAGCUGAGCUUAAAUUUUUUUUUUAAUUGAGGUAUCAUUUACAUAUGGUAAAAUGUAUAAAUCUUAAGGUAACUAUGUACAUGCUACCACCAGCCAGAUCAAGAUAUAGAGAUUUUUCCACCACCCCAGAAAUUCCCUUGAGCCCCUUCCCAAUCAGUCUGCCCCACGCCUCAGAAGCAACCACAGAUCUGAUUUCCAUCACUCCAGACUAGCUUUGAUCAUACUGAAUGUACUCUUUUGUGACUGACGGUUUUCUCUCAGCAUAAUGCCUUUGUGAUUCACGAAUAUGGUUGUGUGUAUGAGUAGCUGGUUUCUUUUUAUUGCUGAGUAGUAUUCCAUCGCAUAGACGUACUCCACAGUUUAUCUAUUCUUCUGUUGAUGGACAUCUGACUUGUUUCUCAUUUUUGGUAAUUAUGAAUAAAGCUGCUAUGAGUAUUUUUGUGCCUGUCUUUUGGUGAAUUUAAUAUACUCAUUUCUCUUGGGUAUAUAUCCAGGAGCAGAAUUGCUGGAUCAUGAGUCGGAAUCGACUCGACGGGACUGGGUUUUCUGGGAGUGUUCUCCAGCUAGGGUGAAUUCCAGGCCAUCUCCCCAUCCUGCACCAGGCUUCUCGUCUUGUUGGUCCUAGCCUAUGUCUUCAGCGAGGCCAAAUGUCUCUGGUUCCCAACCCUCUAUACUGAAGUUACUUCUCUGAUAGAGCUGAAAGACCACUGGUCCAGGAGCCAAGAGACCUGGGUCCUUAUGCCAUCCUCACCCCUAA